GAGUAACCACUAGUGAUAGGGAAAAAAUCGGUGGGAAGGACAAAAGAAAGAGUGAUGCCUACAUUAAAUCAAUUGAUUCGUCAUGGUAGAGAAGAAAAACUGCACACGGAUCGUACUCAAGCUUCAUAUCAAUGUCCCCAGAAGCAAGGAGUACGCCCGCGUGUACCAACGAGAACACCGAAAAAACCUAAUUCAGCUCCACGUAAGAUAGCCAAAGUACGGUUGAGCAAUCGACACAAUAUAUUUGCUCAAAUUUUGGGUGAAGGUCAUAAUUCGCAGGAACAUUCUAUAGUUUUAAUAAGAGGAGGUAGAGUGAAAGAUUCGCCARGUGUGAAAUCCCAUUGUAUUCGAGGAGUCAAGGAUUUGUUGGGAAUUCCGGAUCGAAGAAAAGGGAGAUCAAAAUAUGGUGCAGAAAAACCAAAAUCGAUAUGAAUGGAAGAUGCCUCUGG